AGCCAUAUUGUUAUUGCUUGGAAAGUAGCGAGCGGCAGGAAAGAAGAGUGAACCAGCGGAGUGGAGGUAGUAGUCGCUAGCUACUUUUAGUUUGGAAUAAAAGGAAUAUAAAUUGAUCUCCAAGUACCUGGCAGAAAUUAAGAACUGGAUAAGAGAGGAUGCAUUAACUGAAACGUGAUAAGCUGUUCUCUGAUGAGGCUGAUCGUGUGAGGUAGAACAGAAGUACAGUCGCUGUCAUCAUCAGUUUCACUCGCAGAUUACAAAAUACACGGAAAGAAAAGAUGGUGGAUCGCCUGGCUAACAGCGAAGCAAAUUCAAAACGAAUAAAUGUUGUGGAGGGGUGCUUUGGAGCAGCUGGUCAACCCCUGGCUAUUCCUGGUAGAGUCCUCAUCGGAGAAGGGGUGCUAACAAAACUCUGCAGAAAGAAACCGAAAGCCAGGCAGUUUUUCCUCUUCAAUGACAUCCUUGUAUACGGUAACAUUGUCAUUCAGAAAAAGAAGUACAACAAACAGCACAUAAUUCCUCUGGAAAAUGUCACAAUUGAUUCUAUUGAGGAUGAAGGGGACCUACGGAACGGAUGGCUUAUAAAAACUCCUACCAAAUCCUUUGCUGUUUAUGCAGCUACCGCCACAGAGAAGUCAGAGUGGAUGAACCACAUCAGCAAGUGUGUGUCCGACUUGCUUGAAAAAAGCGGAAAAGCACCAAACAGUGAACAUGCUGCAGUGUGGGUACCUGAUUCAGAGGCCACCGUGUGUAUGCGUUGUCAGAAAAUCAAGUUUACACCGGUUAGCCGCAGGCAUCACUGUCGCAAGUGUGGGUUUGUGGUGUGUGGGCCCUGCUCAGAGAAAAAGUUUCUGCUUCCCAGUCAGUCCUCCAAGCCAGUGAGGGUCUGUGAGUUUUGCUACGAUCAGCUCUCCAGUGGGCAGCUGAGUGCAAGCUUGCCCCCCAGAUCAGACUCUUACAAAUUUCCCAUGAAUAAUGUAUCGGAUGACGACGAUGAUGAUGACAGCAGUGACUGAAUACAGCAAGCUUAUUCUAAUAUUUAGAAUAUUUAACAGAAUAUUUAGCUGGGCUUGAAAUUAGCAAACUUUUUUUUUUUUUUUUUUUUUUACAAUGCACCAUUAAAAAAAAAAAAAAAAAAAAAAAUCUGAAGUCCUUACCCUUUUUAAUGAUGGUUUAUUAAAUUUAUGAAAAUUUCAAACGUUUCCAAAACAUGUUCAUAGUUAAAUUCCUGAGAUUCACAGAUCUCUGUGUUUGGGUGAUUUUAUAAAACCUAUGUCUAUUAACCCUUUUAAUGCUAAAUAUUUGGACACACAAUAAAUAUAUUUUUCAUGAAAA